AUGGAUUCAUCUCUGCAUAUCUGGCUCCUAAUUUUCCUGUUGUUUCAAAUGGGAAAAGGGUUGGAGAACGGCAGUUACCGGGAGCUUAGAUUGGAUGCAGCUGCUGAAUACUGUCCAGAUGAUUUCUACUUUAAUGAAACUAUCAAAACCUGCGUCUCUACAGACAGUACAAGCUGCACCAAUCACCAGAUCGGCAAAUGUCCGAUGGCUACAGAGGUGGAUACGUUUUGCCUGUGCCUGGAUAAGCACCUUCAGAUCUGGCAGUGUCCCGAAGGAGCCUACUUCGAUGCCAAUCGAUUGGUCUGCAGGAUAGGAACCGUUGAGUGCCAGGAGGAUUAUUCUGCGUCCGCAUGUCCCAAUAGCACCGCAAACGAUGUCUUUUGCAUGUGCAUCGAUGGAAAAUUGCAACUCAACUACUGUCCCACGGGGUAUACCUUUGAUGUCGAGCAGAAGAUUUGCCUGAAGGCCGCAUCUGAUGCCGGGGAGUUGCCCAGUUCGUCUGGAAAGUGCCAGCGAUUUGGGUUGUUUGGGGAUCCCGCCGACUGCGCGGGGUACUUUCAUUGUCGCGAUAAGGGCAGUGAUAUUGAGUAUUUCAGAUGCUCGGGAGGUACCAUCUUCAAUCUAGUUUCUUUUGCGUGUGUUGCUGGAGCUUGUUGA